AUGUGUUGGUGGGCCAGCCUUCCGAGUCGAAUCCAGUUUGCCACCUAUAACUAUCAGAAUGUUGGAGCUCCUGCUCGCGUUGGUUUGAUUGCUCCAAUUGAUGUUGUUGUUCCUCCUGGCAACACUGGGCUCGAUCCCUCUCAGACCUCUUUCUUCCAGGUGCUCAACAUUCCAACCAAGAUUAACAAGGGUACUGUGGAAAUCAUUUGCCCUGUGGAACUCAUCAAGAAGGGAGACAAGGUCGGCUCUUCUGAAGCUGCAUUGCUUGCCAAGCUAGGCAUAAGGCCCUACUCAUAUGGUCUUGUGGUGUUUUCGGUUUAUGAUAAUGGUUCAGUGUUUAGCCCUGAGGUUCUUGAUCUUAGUGAGGAUGACCUCAUUGAGAAGUUUGCUAUUGGUGUCUCAAUGGUUACUUCACUUUCGUUGGCGAUCUCAUACGCCACACUUGCAGCUGCACCGCAUAUGUUUGUCAAUGCAUAUAAGAAUGUUCUUGGUGUAGCAGUUGAGACGGAAUAUUCUUUCCCUCGGGCAGACAAAGUUAAGGAGCUCCUGAAGGUGUUGGAUUUAACAUUUUGAUUUGGUUAAGUUGGCCUGUCUAAAGUUUAAAAU